UUGUGGACAGACUCAGACUGUAGAGGUGCGGGGGGCUGAGAAGAGGCAAGCGAGAGCCAUGGCGGCGGUGGCGGCGGUGGCGGCGGUGGCGGCGGCGGCGGCAAUGCGGGCCCGGAUCCUGCAGGUUUCUUCCAAGGUGAACUCCAGUUGGCACCCAGCAUCCUCCUUCUCUUCAUCGUCAGUGCCAACUGUAAAGCUUUUCAUUGAUGGGAAAUUUAUUGAAUCCAAAAGUGACAAAUGGAUGGACAUCCACAACCCCGCUACCAAUGAGGUCAUUGGUCGGGUCCCUCAAGCCACCAAGGCUGAAAUGGAUGCAGCAGUUUCUUCCUGCAAACGUGCUUUUCCCGCAUGGGCAGACACUUCAAUAUUAAGCCGUCAGCAGGUCCUGCUCCGCUAUCAGCAACUCAUUAAAGAAAACUUGAAAGAAAUUGCCAGAUUAAUCACGCUGGAACAAGGGAAGACCCUAGCGGAUGCCGAAGGAGAUGUAUUUCGAGGCCUUCAGGUGGUUGAGCAUGCCUGCAGUGUGACAUCCCUCAUGCUGGGAGAGACCAUGCCAUCCAUCACCAAAGACAUGGACCUUUAUUCCUACCGUCUGCCUCUGGGGGUGUGUGCAGGCAUUGCUCCAUUCAAUUUUCCUGCCAUGAUCCCCCUUUGGAUGUUUCCCAUGGCCAUGGUAUGUGGAAAUACCUUCCUAAUGAAACCAUCAGAGCGAGUCCCUGGAGCAACUAUACUUCUUGCCAAGUUGCUUCAGGACUCUGGUGCCCCUGACGGAACACUGAAUGUCAUCCAUGGACAACAUGAAGCCGUAAACUUUAUUUGUGAUCAUCUUGAUAUCAAAGCAAUCAGCUUUGUGGGAUCCAACCAGGCAGGAGAGUACAUCUUUGAGAGAGGGUCAAGACAUGGCAAGAGAGUUCAAGCCAAUAUGGGAGCCAAAAACCAUGGGGUAGUCAUGCCAGAUGCCAAUAAGGAAAAUACUCUGAACCAGCUGGUUGGGGCAGCAUUUGGAGCCGCUGGUCAGCGCUGCAUGGCUCUUUCAACAGCGAUCCUUGUGGGAGAAGCUAAGAAGUGGCUGCCAGAGCUGGUAGAGCGUGCCAAAAAACUGAGAGUCAAUUCAGGAGACCAGCCUGGAGCUGAUCUUGGCCCUCUGAUCACCCCCCACGCAAAAGAGCGAGUCUGCAAUCUGAUUGAUAGUGGAACAAAGGAAGGAGCUUCCAUCCUUCUUGACGGGCGAGAUAUUAAAGUCAAAGGUUAUGAAAAUGGGAACUUUGUUGGGCCAACCAUCAUCUCAAAUGUCAAGCCAAAUAUGAUCUGUUACAAAGAGGAGAUUUUUGGCCCAGUUCUUUUAGUUCUGGAAACAGACACCUUGGACGAAGCCAUCAAGAUCGUAAAUGACAACCCAUACGGAAAUGGAACUGCCAUCUUCACCACCAAUGGAGCCACUGCUCGGAAGUAUUCCCACCUGGUAGAUGUCGGACAGGUCGGGGUGAAUGUGCCCAUUCCAGUGCCUUUGCCAAUGUUCUCAUUCACCGGCUCUCGAGCUUCCUUCAGGGGAGACACCAAUUUCUAUGGCAAACAGGGCAUCCAGUUCUACACUCAGCUAAAAACUGUCACUUCGCAGUGGAAAGAAGAAGAUGCUUCUCUUUCCUCACCGGCUGUAGUCAUGCCUACCAUGGGCCGUUAGAAACGAGUUUGUUCUGGACUCAGUCCAUCCUGAGUAAUUGCCCUUUAUUCUUGACCAACUCCAACUGCCAACUUUGCUCAGAUCAGAUCCCUGGGAUUGGAAUACUAUGUAACUAAAAUCUUUCACAGGACCAUUAUCCCCUGUUAAGUAGCUAAUAGGGAGACUCCUAGUGUAAUUCUGAAACCAGAUUUUCACUUGCUUUUCAUAAUUUUAUUUUUGAGGUCACUGUCCUAACUGUGAAAUGCUUCUCUGGAAUAAGAGCUGAGGCCUGAUUUCUAAAAAUUCUCCCCUUUUCUGAUGACUUGAAGGAAGGGAACAUUAGCGUGUGUAAAGACGAUCUUCCAGGGAAAAGGAUCUCUUGCAUGGGGAAAUAGGUCAAAAAUAAUUCACCCUUUGGUUGAUCAUCAAACACAGCCCCACAUAAAUGCCAGUGGGUGAGGCCUCUCUGCGAAGCUUUGCUGAGCCUCUCAUUUAUCCCACACCACACAAGAUAUAAUCCAUCUCUACUUAUCCCACAGAUGUGACAACUGCUUCUGUCUUUUCUGCUGAAUGCCACUUUGUCCUAGUGACUCAUGACCACUAAUUCUAUCAUUGUCACUGUUCCUGCUUCUUAAAACCACUUCCCAAGGAUACCUCAGUGUGCAUUGGAUAAAUCAACUUUUUGUGGUGUGUGCCAAGCGUUAAAUUUCAGGGUUUGCUUCAGCAAUCAAUGAAUGCUUCAGUCAUUAAUUCAGAUGCCAACAGGAUUUUUUUAGAAAACUAUUUCAAAAGUUAUAUCAGGCCCAGACAUCAAGGGGUAUUCCAACCAUGAAAGUGAGCAAGACUCUUUUUUUUUUUUUUUUUUUUUUUUUGAUGCUUAACAGGAUCUCAUGUUUAUUGAGAAGUGAUUAAUGGUAAAAAGAAAGGCAAUGCCCUUUCCUCGUUGGCUGAAUAAGAAACUGAAGAAACAUUCACUACAUGUUUUACAAUAUUUUUCUCUUCCAAAAUGCAUUUCUGUAAACAAGUUUUAACCACUGUUCUUAGCUUUGAAAUCAAAUUAAUGCUGAACUUAAUCAGUAUAAUGUAUAAGAAAAGAACAUUUCUUAGGACUCCUAGUACUUUACUUUGAGUAACAAAGGGUCAGAGAAAAUGAACCACCCUUAAAGAUACAACCUUGGGUGACACUGUUAAAUUCUCCAAGACAAAAAUUCUUCCUGAAAAUGUGCUUCCAGUUUGGAAGGGAAAAACCAAAUUCCUACUUUCUGGGGUGGAGGCUCAAAACCUUCAGACUCACGUGUUCUCCAAGUAUGAGCAAGACUGUUGCCUAAAGUAAGUCUAACCUGAUAUUACUUGUCAAAUUUUUUAUAUUGUUCUUUCCUCUUGCCUGCAUCUCAUUUGUGACACUUUUUAAUGAAAGAACCCUAAUGUAAAGUAACUGACUGGGGCCUAAGAAAUUUCAAAGCUUUCCAUGUGUGAAGUAGUCAAAGAAAUGCUUUGACAGAUUCUUCUGCUACCAUUAAUUCAAGUGUCUUUAUGCUUUUUGUUUCUUUGCUAUAGCUCAACUUUAAGUCAGAACAGACAUUUAUGUGCUAAACAGAAUAGAUUCUGUCUUUUUGCUCUACCAUGCCAGUUGAAUCCUGUCUUUCUGAUAUGGUCUUCACCCAUUGAACUAGGAGAAGGCUUCUCAUUUCUGAUAGAGUAGUCUCUGGUCCUCAGCCAGAUGACAUAGGUCAUUUAUUUUUCUGCUUCCUCAUUAGUUAGGUAGAUAAUGCUAACCUAUUCCAUGGGGGUUAUCUAAUAAAUUAAGGAUGGUAAAAACCUUGGAAAUGUUUGUGCACUCUCUGGAUUUUAGGCUUAUUACUACCAUGUGUUGGAUAGAAUGUCAAAAUCUUUAAUCACUUAAGGUGACUGAACUUUAAUAAAAUACAUUUAUGACCCUCCUGGCACUUUUUUUUUUUUUGGAUUUGCCUGCCUAAAGGUGAGGCAAUAGAAAUUUAUAAUAUCAUAAUAGAAUGCCUCUUGUUUUAUCUCUUAUCACAGCUGACAACUGGUAGUAAUAUUUAAUCCAGUCCAACAACUACAGGCUGGGUUGAAUAAAAGGUCAUACUGUCUAAAUUCCAAGUGGAAUUAAAUAUAAUCACAGAGACUCCUAAGUUUUCCUUACAUUUAAGGAAAAUUACUUUUUAAGAAAUACUAACUAAUCAGAAUUGUGUUGCUCUAAUUGGAAUCAACUCAUUUGGCUAGGUACUUGCUACUCAGAAGAGUUACUUAUUUCUUAGAUGGAAAAAAAUCUGUACAGUUGUGUUCAUGCUAGUAGCCGCUAAAAAAUUCAGUAUUUUCUUUUUGCUCUGAUGUGGCCUCACUGGAAAUUUCUCAGAUUUUACAUUGUACUAAUUGAUUAUGUACAACAAAUUACAAGUAAAAAGCUCUUAAAAAGAA